AUGCAGAGGCUGAUCAUGGUUGCCGCUUUGGGCGUAUGCUGGGCCGAGGAUCCCAAAACGCCAGAGCUUCUCCCGAAGCCUCUCCAGUCUCCGCCUGCUGAGGCUACCUCCAAUGCGAGCGUAGCUACUGGCAACAGCAGCACGCCUUUGACUGAGAAGAUGCUGCCGACGCCAGCAGGAGUCAACAACACAAAGACAAAUCUCCGCGGUGGUUGGGCCAACGGCUGGAAUGGAGGCUGGAAUGGAGGUGGCAACAACGGCGGGUGGAACGGAGGUGGCAACAACGGCGGGUGGAAUGGAGGUGGCAACAGCGGUGGAUGGAAUGGAGGAGGCCACAAUGGUGGAGGAGGCAACAACGGUGGAUGGAACGGAGGAGGCAACAACGGUGGAUGGAAUGGAGGAGGCCACAAUGGUGGAGGCAACAACGGUGGAUGGAACGGAGGAGGAAACAAUGGUGGAUGGAAUGGAGGAGGCAACAACGGUGGCGGCUGGGGCCACAAUCCUCCUUCCAGCCAGUGGGGGCCUAGCAACAACUUUGGCUGGGGCCACGGUGUUACCGGGGAGACGUGCUGCAUGUGCUCGCGGUCGAGAAAUGGCAAGACCCAGCUGUACGCUGCCGGAGACUACAAUCACAGGUACGGCUCACAGAGUGCCCACGAGCAUUGUGAUGAUGUUUGUGAGAUCCAGUGCCACUUCAAAGGGGGGCACAAGCUUGGCUGCUACGAGGAGCAGCAGCUCAUCAGCAUGAGCCGCCAAUACCAGGGCCAGAGCAGCUUCGAGAUUUUGCAUGAAGAUCAUUUUGGCAGCAUCUGUUGA